UGCGGCUGGCUUGACCGUGUUUUACGAAGUGGAGGCUGGCCCUGCAGGAGCUGGACGCAGAUGUAGAUAGCAGGAGUUGUAUCCAUCCACGUUAGCCGCUGCCAUGUCUCCUGUGAAGAUCGAGAGUUCAGAUGAUAACAAGCCUGUUGACAAUGGCAAGGUCAAGGAAUGCAUCAACACACUACUGAAGGGGCUGGAGACAAUUGCUCCUUUGGUGUGCUCUGUAGAAGAGACCCCUGAGCCAAUCUCUACCGAAGUACAAGGUACCAUUCCCUCCUGGAUCAAUGGCAACCUCCUCCGCAACGGCCCGGGGAAGUUUGAGUUUGGAAACACCCACUACAACCACUGGUUCGAUGGGAUGGCUAUGCUACACCGGUUCAAGAUGGACAAAGGCCAGGUGACAUACAUGAGUCGGUUCCUGCACAGCGAUGCCUACAAGAAGAACAGUGAAAGGAACCGCAUUAUGAUGUCAGAAUUCGGUACCCUCGCCAUGCCCGACCCCUGCAAAAACUUCUUUCAACGCUUCCUUUCUCGCUUUGAGAUGAUGGAGCCCACGGACAAUGCAAGUGUGAGCUUUGUGAAAUACAAAGGUGACUAUUAUGUCAGCACAGAGACAAACUUCAUGCACAGAGUGAACCCAGAGAGUCUAGAAACAUUGGAAAAGGUGGACUGGAGCAAGUUCAUUGCUGUAAAUGGAGCCACUGCACACCCACACUACGACCCUGACGGUACCACCUACAAUAUGGGCAACUCCUAUGGAAGCAAAGGAGCCCUGUACAACAUCAUCAGAGUGCCUCCUGAGAGGACAGAUGCCAAAGAAACCCUACAGGGGGCCAAAAUACUCUGCUCAAUUGUGCCUGCAAACAAGUCCCAUCCCUCCUACUACCACAGCUUUGCCAUGUCUGAGAACUACGUGGUGUUCAUUGAGCAGCCGAUUAAGAUGGACCUGUUGAAGAUAGUGACAUGUAAGCUAAGGGGGAAGGCUUUGAGUGAGGGCAUCUACUGGGAUCCUAAGCAGGAAACUGUCUUCCAUCUUGUCGACAAGCACACAGGCGAGGUCAGCUCAGUGAAGUACCACACCAAAGCCAUCUCCACCUUCCACCAGAUCAACGCCUUCGAGGAGGAUGGAUUCUUGAUGCUUGACAUGUGCUGCUCAGAUGACGGCCAAGCCAUCAACAACUAUCUCAUCCAGAACUUACGCGAGUCAGGAGACGCAUUAGAUGAGGUGUACAACACCAUGUGCAGGGUUUUCCCCAGGCGCUUUGUUUUGCCCCUUAAUGUGACCAGUGAAACACCAAUAGACCAGGCCCUAAACACACGGCCCUCCAGCGAAGCGAAGUGUGUCAAAAUCAGCAAAGAUAAGGUGUUCUGCCAGCAUGAGGAUCUCCAUGGAGAUGACCUCCAUGAGUACGGCGGCCUGGAGUUCCCUCAGAUCAACUACGGCAGAUGUAACACACGACCGUAUCGUUAUUUCUACGGCUGUGGCUUCAGACACCUGGUGGGAGACUCUCUGCUCAAGAUGGAUCUUAAGGACAAGACCCUCAAGGUCUGGUACCAGAAGGGUUUCUACCCAUCAGAGCCUGUGUUCGUGCCGUCACCUGAUGCCGUGGAGGAAGAUGAUGGUGUCAUCCUCUCUGUGGUUCUCACCCCCUCACAGGAUAAAGGAACAUUCCUCCUGGUUUUGGAUGCCAAGACAUUUGAAGAGCUGGGAAGAGCCAACGUUCCUGUUAACAUACCUUAUGGCUUCCAUGGUACCUUUAAUGCCUCUGCAUAAAUCUAAUUCUGUUUCUGAUAUAUAACAUACAAAGAAUGCUAAAUGCAGUGUUAAUCGUACAUGCGUUAUUGUACUCUCGGCAUUCAACCUGUUAUAUUUAGGUUGAAGGAUGUUCCAACUCUCAGACCACCCAAGUGCCAAAUGAACAUUUUUACCUGUUGUGACAGCGUGACUGGUACUGUUUUCACCUUGUGAGCCUGUGUGCGUGUGUGUAUGUGUGUCAUCAUAGCAAAAUGUGGUCCAGACACUUACUGUAGAGGGAACUACCACUGAGCCAGUUUUGGAUACUUUGGCAGGUGUUUAUGUCUGUCUGUCUGUGGACAGAUUGUGUCACCACCAUAACUGCAACUGUGAAACAUACAGUUGGUACGAGUCGAGUACGAAGAUGGGUGUAGUCUGACUACUGAGUACUCAUGGGUCAGAACGUCAACAUGUUGACGGGCAUUGAAGCUGAUGUAAUCCCAUCACAAGAUGGUCUCUAGUCUUUUGUACUCUUUUUUUUCUUUAACAGUAUUUUUUAAAAGCCGGAUGUGUUUUAUACAAUCUGUUUGCCAUUAAACUUUUACUUCUGUGAACUGCCAAGUAUUUACAUGGUCCAUGCAUCCUUAAUACACAUCUCAGGUCAUGUUCAAAAAUAUGCUCAGAUAUUAAAACAGCUGUUUCAUAUGCUGAUAUGAUUUUAUAUAUAAAGUUUAUAAUUAAAAUAUAUCAAUGGAUAGCAAUAUGUUAUGUUUUGAAGUUCAGGAUAGCUUUGGAUGGUUUUCCAUGCUAUUUCUAACACUAAUUUAUAUCAAGUUUUAUAUUUAUAUUUUACACUUUUACAAGUGUAAAGCUAAAGUGAUCAGCCUCACCAUAAAUCUUAGCAAUUUUCUCAAUUAUCUAACUCCAGUCUUCCAAUCAACACAGAAAAAAAGGUCAUAAAAUCCAAUUUCACCCUAUUAGAUUUGUCUCACAAAAAUGGUCUGUAAAUUGUCAGUGCUCAGAGCAGAGCAAAUAAUUGUGUUUUCAUUAUGAAGGGUGUCACAGGUUAAGUGUUAAAACACAUGCAAGGAAUUGUUCUGUUUUACAACAUGGGUUUUCCCGCUGUAAGCCUAGAAAUGGGCUCUGGAGCAGAUCAUAAAUCAAUGUAAAUAUUAUUAACUUUUAAUGCUCUCAAUGGUCACAGAGAAAAAAACUGCCUGCCAAUAUAAUGUAAUGCACACAUGGAAACUUCAUAGGAACUUAAUUUGUCUCAUAUAAGAGUUUAUUAUUAAAAUCUCCACUAAGUAAUUGUAUUCUGAGGUUUUGAUUUUAAAUUUGAGUCCAGUGCUGCACUUGUUUUAUUUGACCCCAAGCCAACAAAAACAUGCUAAAGCACAUGCUAAGUGGCUGUGACUCAGGUUUUUUGUCUGCUGUAAGAAAUCCAGACAUUUUCCACCAGAGGGCAGCACAUGAUGCCAUUUACUGUGAGCACCUUCAGUCUAUAAUGAAUAUGCAGAGUCAGGACCUGAAGUCACUACCUGACCAGAAAUUGUUGAUAAAAAAAUUCCCUGAAUGAAAUAAAUGAAUGAA